ACGAAAAACACAUGGCCGGCACGAAAACAUUGGGGUCUAACGUUUGAUUUCACCUAAAAAUUCGAUGAUCCUUCGCUCAGGUCGCUGCCGACUUUUUCAAAAACCAAGACUUUUUACUUGUAACAUCAUGGAUAGUGAAUCUUCGUCGACUGGUGACGGCCCGAGACCGCAAUUCGGCAACAGACACCUGAAAAAUCCGGAUGACGUUUUCCAGCACAACGCCUGGGACGAUGUCCAGUGGGACCCUGAGCAGCAAGAGCACGCCAGGAAGGUGGUCGAGCAGAAUUCUUCUGAGAAAAUGAGUCCCGAAGACGCAGCAAGGAUCGAGAACGAAGCUGGAAAAUUGUGGGACAAAUUUUACGGCGUCCAUCAAAACGGAUUCUUCAAGAACCGGCAGUGGCUGUUCACUGAGUUUCCCGAGCUGGUGCCCAAAGAAGGAAAUAUAGACAGGGUCAAUGUAUUAGAGGUUGGCUGUGGAGUUGGAAAUACUGUCAUUCCUUUGGUCCAAACAAUCGCCGACCAAAAUUUCUUCGUCUACGGCUGCGACUUUUCAGAAACUGCCGUGGAAAUAAUGAAGCAAGAUGAAAACUACAACGAGUCUCGAUGUCUUGGGUUCGUUUGUGACGUGACUGCUCCCGAGUGGCCUGUGCCUUUUCCUCCCAACAGCCUCGACCACAUCCUCCUAAUUUUUGUGCUCUCUGCAAUAAAUCCAGAAAAAAUGCAUCACGUGGCGGGACAGCUGUUCAAAUACCUGAAGCCAGGCGGUCUGGUCUUUUUCAGGGACUACGGUCGUUACGACAUGGCCCAGUUGCGGUUCAAAAAAGGAAAGUGCAUUGCAGACAAUUUUUACAUGCGAGGGGACGGAACUCGGGCGUACUUUUUCACACAAGAGGAUUUGAGAAAGUUGUUCACCGGGGCUGGAUUUGUGGAGGAACAAAUGUUGGAGGACAGAAGAUUGCAGGUCAAUAGGGGGCAAAAACUAAAAAUGUACCGCGUUUGGAUCCAGGCAAAGUUUAGAAAGCCGGUAUUGCAAUAAAAUAAUAUAUCUAAAAUUGGA